AUGUUUAUGGGCUUAAUUGGGAAGCCAUUGUAUGACACAGAUGGAGGACUACUUCAUGAUAGGAAAUAUGGAAUAUUCCCAUUCACAGUCAAACAACUAGCCAAGAAGUCAAGUAAAAACAGAGUAGCAAGAACAUGGGAAACAAAAGCAAUACAUAAUGUAAACAGAAAGGUGAUCAGAGACAUGUUGGUGGCCAAUGUCAUUCCAGCAAUUAUUUCAAAGUGGCCUGACAGUCAGCCAAAAAAUAUUGUAAUCCAAUGGGACAAUGCAAGGCCACACCAAGUUCCUACUGAUGCAGAGUUUAUGGCAGCAACAACAGCUCAUGGAUUUAACAUUCAAUUUUCUUUUCCUAGCAACCUAGAUGAGUUAGUUACAAAAGUGCAAGAAUCUUAUGAGGCAUUCAAUCCUCAAGUCAACAAGUACAUUUGGCUGUCUUUGCAAAAGUGCAUGAUUGAGAUCCUUAAGGUACAAGGUGGGAAUAAGUACAAAUUACCCCACAUAAACAAGAAAAAACUCAAAAACCUUGGAGAGUUGCCAAAUAAUGUACCAGUGCAGAAGGAACUUGUUUUGGAGGCAGUGGAGUACCUAAACACUAUGUUUAGGCCAGUAAAUGAGGGGACUGAACAAGGAACAGAAGAAUUUGAGGUAGAUGCAGACUGA